AUGGAUAGAAAGUCUGCUAGAAUAAAAGCAGAGUUGCAAAGAUAUGGCUGGAGAGUUUCAAAGAAUUUUAAAUAUAGGAAGGGAAGACCCAUAAAAGUCUAUGACAAACUGUCUGGUCUUCGCUACGAAAUGGACAUAGAAACAGCACGUGCAAAUUAUCCAAACAGACUAGAGAGGUUAGAAGAAGAACGUCUUAUGGACAUGCCUUUCGAUGUUAGUGAACCUCAAGUUGAAGGACACGACGGCUUUGCCAGAUUCUACUGGAAACAUGACGAACAAUUGCAUCCUUUGAGAAGGAAAAAAGGUAGUGCAGAGGAUGGUCAUGCUCCCAUGGAAAGAACAAGAUAUGCAUAUGAGAAGUACCGUGAAGUUAGAAGUCAAAUUACAUCUGGUCGAACCUUUACAGUAAACUUUGACGAAGGAAAGAACAAAGAAGGCUUCAUGGGAGUACUUGCUGCAAUUCAAGAUGGAAAUAAGAAAGGAUACAAUCUCAGAUUGACCAUAACAGAUUUGGAUGGUCACAUUUACUAUGCACAUGGCAAU